AUGGGUUCUGAAGAACUUCGCCCUCAGCCCGCGCCGCCAUCUUCCGUGCGGUCAGACCGCUGUGGGCGCCGGCCUCGCUCCGCCUUCCUGCGCGUGCGCAAGCUCCCCCCCCGCCCUACCGCGCAGGCGCGAGGCCGCGCCCCCUCUUUCCUCCCCCGGCUCCCUCCUUGGGCGUGGCCCCGGCGCUGCGCCGCUUCCACGUUCGAUACGGGGGUGGAGGGCGCGGGGGAGGGGGGGGGAAGCUGUGGCCCGGCCGGGGUGUGUUCGUGUGUGUUCGUGUGUGUUCGUGUGGCGGCCGCUUCCUUCCGCGGCCCGCCGGGGCGUUGGGGCCGGCGAACGGGGCUGGCCGGGGGGCUUCCGCCGGGCCUACAGCGGCCGCGCCCCCUCUUUCCUCCCCCGGCUCCCUCCUUGGGCGUGGCCCCGGCGCUGCGCCGCUUCCACGUUCGAUGUGCGCGCGCGGCGGGGCCAAUCAGAGGCGCCCACGACCCAGCCCGGAGAAGUUGGAGCCGUCGCGGGGCCGUGAGGGGGGGAGGCGGCCACCGCCAGUGUCGCCGCGGUGUGUUCGUGUGUGUUCGUGUGGCGGCCGCUUCCUUCCGCGGCCCGCCGGGGCGUUGGGGCCGGCGAACGGGGCUGGCCGGGGUGCUUCCGCCGGGCCUACAGCGGGCUGCUCGUCCUUCCUUCUUUCUGGGCUCUCCUCAGCCGUGGUGCCGGUUGGGCCUGUUGGGGUGCCCGCCUGGGCUGUGGGGCAGCCGGUAUAGCCGGGCCGAGGCCCCGGGGGAGAGUGGAGCCGAGGCGGCGGGGCUGCGGCCUGCUGGCGGGGAGCCGGCGGGCCUGAGCCGGGGCUGGGGCCAUCGCCAUGGCGGCGGGGCAGCCCCCUCCGGGACGUCCGGGAGAAACGGAGUGGGUGUGUGGGGGGAACGUUUCUGGAAAGGGUGUGAGGGAGAAGGAGGGGCUGAAUGUGGAAUAAAUGCGGAAGUAGAAAAACAGCUUGAAAUGGGGAAGAAGUUAUUGGCUGCUGGACAGCUGGCAGAUGCUUUGUCUCACUUUCAUGCGGCUAUAGAGGGAGACUCUGAUAACUACAUUGCUUAUUACAGAAGAGCCACAGUGUACUUAGCCAUGGGCAAAUCUAAAGCAGCAAUUCGUGAUUUAAGUAAAGUGGUUGAAUUAAAGCAGGACUUCACAGCAGCAAGAUUACAGAGAGGACACUUACUGCUCAAGCAAGGAAAAUUUGAUGAAGCAGAGGAUGACUUCAAAAAUGUGCUCAAAUCCAAUCCCAGCAGUAAUGAGGAAAAAGAAGCUCAGACUCAGCUGACAAAAUCUGAUGAGCUCCAGCGGCUGCAUUCACAAGCAUUAUCUGCCUACCAGCGAGAGGAUUACGUAGCAGCUAUUUCUCUUCUUGAUGAAAUCUUGGCAGUUUGUGUUUGGGAUGCAGAGCUACGGGAACUUCGAGCUGAGUGUUAUAUAAAGGAAGGGGAACCAAGCAAAGCCAUUAGUGACUUGAAAGCUGCUGCCAAACUAAAGAACGAUAACACUGAAGCCUUCUAUAAAAUCAGCAGAAUAUAUUAUCAGCUGGGGGACCAUGAAUUAUCACUCAGUGAAGUCCGGGAGUGUCUGAAAUUGGACCAAGACCAUAAGCAGUGCUUCUCUCUCUAUAAGCAAGUAAAGAAACUCAAUAAGCAGAUUGAGUCAGCAGAAGAAUUCAUCAAAGAAGGCAGGUAUGAAGAUGCUAUCAAUAAAUACGAUUCUGUAAUGAAAACCGAGCCGGAAGUCCCAGUUUAUACUACUCGUGCCAAAGAAAGGAUCUGCCACUGUUUAUCAAAGAAUCAGCAGGCUACAGAAGCCAUAAAAGUUUGUACGGAAGUUCUGCAACUGGAACCAACCAAUGUCAAUGCCCUGAAAGACAGAGCAGAAGCUUAUUUGCUGGAAGACCUGUAUGAAGAAGCUAUUAAAGACUAUGAGACUGCUCAAGCCAACAGUGAAAACGACCAGCAGAUUCGGGAGGGGCUAGAACGUGCCCAGAGGAUGCUGAAGCAAUCACAGAAGAGGGAUUACUAUAAAAUCUUAGGAGUCAAAAGAAAUGCUCGGAAGCAGGAGAUCAUAAAAGCUUACAGAAAGCUGGCAUCCCAGUGGCACCCCGAUAACUUCCAGACUGAGGAGGAAAAGAAGAAAGCAGAGAAAAAAUUCAUCGAUAUAGCAGCUGCUAAAGAAGUCCUCACUGAUCCAGAGAUGAGGCGGAAGUUUGAUUCGGGAGAGGACCCACUGGAUGCGGAGAGCCAGCAGGGCGGGGGCAACCCUUUCCACAGGAACUGGAACACAUGGCAAGGAUUCAACCCCUUCGGUUCUGGAGGAGGACCAUUUACAUUCAAAUUUCACUUCAGUUAGAGCCAAGACUGUUUCUGGUGGCUGCUGCUGGUUUUUUACUUAAUUCGUUUGAAAAAAUAAAAAGUCUCUCAGUUCAAGACCCAAAAAAAUCUUAAUUUCUAAUGUUGUCCUUAACCCAGAGUCUUACUGCACUGGGAGAAAGCUCCUUCUUUCUUUUAGUGUUCCUGAGAGUUUGCUUUGUGGUGAACUCAACAAACUCCAACUGCUUGGGGGGGCUUGUUACAGCCAGUGAAUUUGUUGUGGAUCUACAGGACCUGCUUAUUCCUACGGAUCCGGAAAAAAACAGUAAGAGGCUACUUAGGACAACACGUAAAAAUAAACUUAGGACUCAAUAUAUGCUUAAAGGUAAAAAUGCAUGUAAAUAUUUUUCUGAAUUGGGGCCUGAUAAACGCGGAAAGGGUUAAUUACAGUAGUCGCUACGGUAACAAAUUGUUAGUCAUUGUCCAUCUCUCAGUAUUCUUAAGAGGAAAGGCUGGUGAGGACCUGCUGUGCCAUAGGAGGGGCUGCCACCCCCUGAGUAAGGAGAUGGCUUGUAACUAAUUGUAUUUGAAAAGAUCUGCUCAUUUAUUCAUUAACCUGAAACGAAUCGGGAUUGGUUUUGGGAUGAAAGUAAAAACAAACAAACAACAAAACACCUGAUGUUUCUCUAAAGACUUUUUCGGAAUGUGAUUUGGGGUGGUGACGUAUGGCUUUGGAGUAGUUUGCACUUUAACAAAACACCUGCUUGAGACUUGAGCAAAAAAAAAAAAAAAUAUAUAAUUUGAGGUGACAUUUCCCCAACUCUGCAGCAAUUUGUUACUUCUCUGUAGGUAGAAGGGGUGGGCUUGUGAGGUGAGUGGGGCAGGAAAAGGGGAUUAACUCUUGCCUUCCCCUCUAAUACAACUUCAUUUCUGCUGGGCCACGCAGCGGUGGGUUAGUAUUCUGUGACCUUGUUUGAAGUAAUUGUCAUGUUUUAUGUGACAGGUACUGUGACACCAGCUGCCUGUGUGCAAGAAAAAAACAAAAAGAGGGACUAACUUUCCCUUAGCCAAAAAUGUGGUUUCUUUUUUUCCAUCUGCACGGAGCUAGAAUUGGUUUGGUGUGUAUGGAUCUAAGUGUGGGAAGGCAAGGUGAGGUGUGGCCGGGCUGGAGCUGCAGUGAGCAAAUAGUCUCCUCGGGCUGUAGCCCAAUAUAUUUUAAUUACUGAUGAGGUGCAGCAGCAGCCAUUUUCUUAAAAUGCAGGAAUUACGGUUCAUCAACGUUUUCUUGAUUGGGUUUUAACUGGAAAACAAUAAUCAGUUGAUAGGAAUCUGCCCUGGCUUCGGCUCAUGGCAUUUGAAAGCGUGAGCAGCCUCGGUUAAACAAACACAAUUAGCAAAUAAGGCCUUCAGUGGGCAAGUGGGGGUUUAUUACUGUAAUGGGACUUGCUGUUGGAGCGUAACCCUCGUCUCCUGCCUCAAGUGCUUGGCAAACAGAAGUGUGAGGCCACAUGGCUUUGUAGAAUGUUUUCCAACAGCAAUUUAAAGGUCAGUGUUUGUUCAGCAGACACUUACCUUCAAGCUGGAGAGCGUGUGUGGUGAUUUCUGACAGCUUAGGGUACAACACCACCCUGGCAGCCUGGUAAACUCACAGACUUCCCAAAUGGAGUGACUUUACUAGAAGUUUGACUUCUGCUUUUGACCUGUCCCAAAGCUUUUUGAGUCUGUAGAAGAUGCUUGGGUGGCUUGUUUGCGCCAUUGUGGGCCAGCGUGGUCCUCCUGGGACCUCUGAGGGCUUGGGUGCAGAAGUACCCUGUUGCCCUGUCUCUGCAGAGGGGCUGGUUGCUGGCAGUAGGUAAAAAUGGGUGCAGGCAGCUUUCACAGACAGUGGCUGCUCUUGCCUACUGUCACCCUUCUGUCCCUGAGGGGGGGGAGAGAUGGCCCCAAACCCUCUUGUUGUGGGGUGGGGGUGCUGCCUGCUGCUGUGUGAGCCACUGCUCUGUGCAAACACAACACUGUUGCCUCCUUCACCACAGAAGGGGCUGUUUUUAAAUGAGUCUGGAAUGAGCUGUGUAAGGGACACCUCGUGUUCUGUAUAGAGAGGUGGUGGUACAGUCCCAGGAGGUCCCUGUUGUGUGCCCUGGGGCAGUGCUGGAAAUCAUACAUCCUCUUCUGAAGGACUCCUCUUGCUCAUCCCUCUCCCUUUUUCUUAGCUAUAGCUGAGAGAAAAAAGAAAAAAAAGGUUUCCUGGGUUUGAGUUGUUUUUCAUUUAGGGAAGGAGUAGGAUGGCCCCUGGUCAGGCAAUGGAGCUCCAUUGGUUUCUCGGAGGCAGGGCACUGGCAGCAGUCAGCAACGGAAAGGAUGAUGUUUAUUUUGACAAUGAAGGGGAAAGGGAAAAUUACAUAUUUAAAAAAAUAAAAAAAAUAAAAGAGGCUUGACUGUAGCCAGUAGAAGGUGGCAGCUGAUGAAGGCGUGAGUGCUGGUCACAGAUUUAGGAUGGAGAAGGGGGUUUCUGACACUCGGCAGACGCUGAUUCUGAGAAGUGUUACUGCUCCAGUGCUGUUUUCAGGGGGCAGGUGGUGGCUUUUAGCUCUAAGGUACUUCUGAAAAAUAGAGAAAGACAGAAGUUUGUUAUGUUAAAAAGGAGAUGUUUAUGUUUUAAGGACCUCCAGGUAAGGGUGAUGCGUUUCCUGGGGUGACUUGUAGGAGAGGAGGCGCUGGUAGGGGCUGGCAACACCCCGAGGAAGCCAAAUUCGCCUUUUUAUUGAUGAAGCGGGUGCCUGUGGGGCAACAAUGUUCCAGAACUGGGCACUGAAAUAAAUGUCUGGGUAUUUUGUAAACCCUGAGAUGCGCAUGAAGCACCCUUGGCAUCACUGGCCUACGUGUAGGGGCAAACCUUCUCUGUUGAAUUCUCUUGUUCCGUUUUAAUAAUGUUUUUAAAAUGAAGGGGGGGAGUGAGGGAAAGCGUAUUUUACUUGAUACGUGCUUAAUACUGAGGUAUUAAUAAAUCAGUAUUAAACCAGAUUGAAAGUGAGUUACGAACUGAAGAGCUCAAACUUGUGACAUCCGCAGAAAAUGUGUCAGCUCCAUCUUUUUUUCAAGAAAUAAAGCUUGUUUUAUCGUUUUCAGUUUCCAGACCGGUGUUUGGAGUCAGAAUCCUUCUUCUGGUCAGGGCUGUGAGCUGGAGGAGCUUUGCUGGGAAGGGGCCAGUACAGCACAGCAGGUUCCUUGUGUUUCAAAGUGCCUUACUGUAAGGUAUUGUUUGUUUGCUCUGUACUACACGCUCUUAUCCAUAAAAUAAUUUAAAAAAAUAAAUAAAUGGGAGGAUAAUUAUUUUUUUUUCCCUCAGCGAAUCUCAAAAGUAGCAGUUUUAUGUUUUAAGAAGGAUGAGUAGAGCUAGCCAGAGAUUUAUCAAAUGUUUCAAAUUAUAAAAUGUCUUUAUAUGAAAUCAUAAAUCUAAAAAGCGAGAACUUGUUUUGGUUUGGUUUUUUUUUUUCUAGAACUGUGGGAAUUAUUUUAUGGUAUUUUUCACAAUAAAGAUAUUUAUGAUGACAAGAAA